GUGGUUGACAUAUGACUGUAAAAAUGGUAGUGUGUGAAAUUCCACCAAUGAAUUACUUGCGAGAUCGAUCUAACAUUUGCAGUCAUAGUACAAGACAGGUGGUGAAUUCACCCAAGAAAACGAGGGCAGUUCGAAGCCUUCAGCCAUGAAUGACAUCAUGUUAAUAAUUUUACUUGAAGUGUGUACAAAACUAUGAUGAGAGACAACUAUAAAAAUGGAGAAAUUCUGGUUGAGAAAUUAUGUUCACCUAUCAUCUCGUGCUCUGUUUUUGUCCCAUGUGAGAGCAGUUACAUUUGUUUUCCUACCAAGGUUGAAACUAAUUCUUCUAUAGCAGUCGGUACUGGAUAUCACAAUUGCAAAGGACAUUCACAUUCUCAACGAAUUAGUUGCAAAUCCGGCUUUUUGGUUUCUUCUCUCCACAAACUCUGUUAUGAUGUGUGUCCUACACUACCCAACUACAUACCAAAGCAUUCACUCACCACGUUUUCCCCCCUAUUUCUCUUCCUUUUCACACUUCCAACAGACAGACGUAAAGGUAAAAUUAGAGUAUAGGCAAUGUUUGUUAACUUACCCCAUCUGUCAGCUUCCUGGAGAAUUG